AGAAAAAACGAAUUUCCUAAUUAACCCAAAAUAUUCUAACCUCAGAAAACCCUCUUCAAUCUCUCUUUCUUCCCCUCCACACCCAGCACGCAUUUGGGCAAACCAAAACCCUAAAUUACAUUUCUUAAUUUGUUCGAAUUCGAUCUUCAAAUUUCGUUGAUUUUACCAGUAAAUUUAAGAGUUGAGGAAACCCUUCAAAUUUCUCCUAGAUCGGAAAAAUUUCUCAGUUUUUGAAGUGUGGGAAAAAUGUCGGAGUGUUGUUGUUGGAGAUCCGGUUUACAUCCCCACCGUCCUUGAGUACCUAGCUUGUUUCGAUCUGAGAUGCUUGUUGUUGGUUUAUUGGAGUGAUUUAAACAUAUGCGUAUAUAUUAUCAAAGGAAGCAGGUAGCGCACUUCGAUUUGACGGAGUCUCUGGCUUAGGGUCCGGCCAUCAUGUCGUUUUAACGCUGAAGCGUGCAACAAGCAAUGCAUCGUUAUGGAUUGGGUUAAUUUCAGCAGAAGCAGCGCAUCCAGUAUUCUCAUCUGUGUAAUUACUUAAGCGUAUGAUCUGGUUCUAGAUUUUGAUGAAGGAAGCUCAAAAGGCGGAUACAAGGGGUGUGUGUUAUUUGAGCAGGAUCCCCUUAAAGUAUCUACUGAUAGGUGCCUUGUGGUUACUUGUCAUUACUUUCAAGGACUGAGGAAACGAAAGUAGAUGGUGCAGAUUAAUGUGGCACUUUCAAGGUCAUCCCAGAGUAACUACCCUAUAAGUUGCAUAGCCUCUACCUAUUGUACUCUCCUCUGUUCCUGCUACCAACUCAUCUCAUUCAUCUGCUGCUGGUGUUGCAGCUGGUGUUGCUGCUGGUGUUUCAGCUGGUGUUGCUGCUGGUGCUGGUCUAGCAGUGUUUUGUGCUGGCAGGUCUAUGCUACUGAGGUUGGCACAGUUCUUCUCAGUUGUGCGUUCUUUUAUGAUAUAUUUUGGGUCUUUGCUUCCAAAUGGUUCUUCCAUGAGAGUGUUAUGAUCAUGUACUUUCCUCAAGUUCCUGCCACUUAUUCUCAAGAGAUGAUUUACGAGACACGGGAUACUUUGGUUACAUAUUUUUCAAGCAAAAACAAGUUUUCAAUGAUCAGAUUGGUGAAGAUGAAGAAAAUGAUAUUUUGGACGUUGAUCAUGAAUGAUCUUUGUAGCUAGUGCAUAUUGACACUUUCUAACAAAUGUUUUGCGAAUCUCAUAGCAAGUUAAUACAUUUGAAGUAUUCUUUUGGAUUUAAGCUUGUGAUUGGAGUUUGGAGAAUGUUAUAUAUUACAGUAGUUUUAUUUAAUUUAUUGUUUUGGAGAACAAGAAGGUACAUUGGUCGGUUUGGAGUAUUUUUAUGCAUAUAUAUAAUAUAGAGUUAAUGGAUUUUUACCAUUAAAUUGAA